ACCUACGCCUCUGAAGAAGCUCAGCCUUGGAAGCGAGGCGUUGGCGGUCGGAAGGCUCCGAGCGCUGACGCAAGACCACCGGCCCCUCAGCCGAAAGCUGUCCGGGCCGGGCCAGCGCCCUGGAGCUGCGCGCGAGGCUGGCGGCCCGGGGCCCGCGGAGCCCGGCGUGCGCGCCGGCGCUGCUGCUGCUGCUGCUGCUGCUGCGGGAGCUGGCGCGGGAGGGCGCGGCAGAGAGCCCCUGGGGACUCCCGUUGGUGGCUGAUGGCCCGGCUUCCUUAGCGAAGGCUGUGAUGGCAGAACUGGCCGGCCUGAAGUUAGAAAAGAAGCCAUGGCCUGGAGGGACGCACUCCCUCCGCUACCACUACCUGGCCCUGUCGGAGCCGGGCCCCGGCCUUCCCCAGUUCCUGGCUGUGGGCUACGUGAACGACCAGCCCUUCAUACGGUAUGACAGUCGUGUGGGCAAGGCCGAGCCCCAGGCCCCGUGGAUCGCCCCCAUGGACGCCCACUACUGGGAGAUGGAGACCCGGAAGCAGAAGGCCUGGGCAGAGGUGCAGCAGGUGGAGAUGUGGACGGUGAUGGGCUACUACAACCAGAGUGGCGGCACGCACAGCACUCAGCGCAUGUUCGGCUGUGAAAUCCAGGAGGAUGGCCGCUCCAGCAGCUUCUGGCAGUUUGGCUUUGAUGGGAAGGACCACCUGUCACUGGACCUGGAGACUCUGAGCUGGGUGUCAGCCGAGCCCAUGGCCGUGCGGACCAAGAGCUGGUGGGAGUCGGAGCGCUGCUAUGCCGAGUAUGACAAGGCCUACCUGGAAGGCCUCUGCCUCGCCUCCCUGCGCAGGUACCUGGAGCUGGGCGGCCGGAGCCUCACCCGCAGAGAGCCACCCACGGUGCAGGUGACAAGGCACAUGAUCCAAGGCAGGGGAACCACGCUGAGGUGCUGGGCCCGGGGCUUCUACCCACAGGAUAUCUCACUGAGCUGGUGGCUGGGGGAGGAGGAGCUGGCCUUGGAGACUGAGCACGUGGAGACGCGCCCCAGCGGGGACGGCACCUACCAGACAUGGGCUGCCGUGUGGGUGCAGGCCGGGGAGGAGGCUGACUACAGCUGCCGUGUGCAGCACUCCGGCCUAAACCACACGCUCACUGUGGCUUGGGAACCGCCCCCUCGUCAAGCACUCGUUGCCGUGAUUACCUGCACUAUCCUGCUGGUGGUUGGAGUUGUGAUCUUGACCACUACAACGUGCCUUCGAGCCAGGAACACGAAAUCCUACAAACAAGCCCCAGGUGGAGAGGGACCCCCAUAAUUCCCAGAGCCCAGUGGGAACAGCGAUGCUCAGCUCCUCCACUGACAGAAGUUCGCAGACCAAGAAGGUGUUCUGUGGGGCCGUCGGGGCCUGGAAGCGCCUUGCACUGACUGGUAGAUGUGAUCUGACCACAGUGGGCCCAUCCCGCCCCGAAACUGAGCCCUCCUCACCCUUGUUACAAGUGGUCUGUGCCACUAACACGGUUUUGUCAUCGUCUUAAGUCCUUUAAAAAAUGUAUUAUAGUAAUUCCUGCCCCGCUGGCAUAGCUCAGUGGUUGACCUAUGAACCAAGACGUCACCAAUUCAAUUCCUGGUCAGGGCACACGCCCGAGGUGCCAGCUCAAU